UUUUUUUUUUAAGAAAAAAUAUACAUUAAUAUACCAUAUAUUCGUUUUUUAAAAAAAAAUGACUACUGGAUUCCCUCAAAGACGUUAUUUUUAUAUCAAAUCUCGCAAAAGUAAUGCUUGUAUAGAUGUUUACAUGGGAGAAACUACUCCUGAUUCUAGUGUAAUUAUUUGGCCACAGAAAGGAAGCGAUGAUAAUGAUAAUCAGCUCUGGCGUUUUGAUGAUGGUUUUUUAAUUAAUAAGAAGUCCAAUUUAGUUAUGGAUAUUCGUGGUGGUGAUCUCAAAUCUGAUAAGCCUAUUGUUCAAUAUGAUCGUAAAAUGACCAUGGCUCAUAAUCAAAGGUGGGGUUACCGCGAUGGUUAUAUUUACUGCUUAGCUGAUCCUCGUCUUGUUUUAGAUAUUAAGGGUGGUGGAAGCAAGGAAGGUACCAAGGUUAUUUUGUAUAAGCGAAAGGAGAAUGAUAAUGAUAAUCAACAAUGGAUUAUUGAACCCUUCGGUGAACCUCUUGACCAACGUGAAACUCAGAAGCCUAUAUAUGGUGGUCGUCCAAAGGAAGAAACACCUUAUAAUCCGCCUCAAGGCGGAGGAGCUGCUGGUAUUAGUAGUAUUGGUAAUGCCUCUAGUUAUUCCCCUGCUAGUAAUCAGCAUUUCCACCAUCAAGAGUAUAAUGAUCAAUUUGCUUCUCAGUAUGGCCGUUCUAAUCAGUCACAAUACUCUCAAGAUGGUGGUAAUAAUGAUUUCUCUCGUUAUCAGUCGCACUCUAGUGGUUAUGGUAAUUAUGGUCCUCCUGAUGAUAAAAACCCUAUGUAUCGUCACUAAAAAAAAAAAAAAAAAAAAAAAAAAAAAAAAAAA